AUGCACCAAGAACACAAAGCCAGUGAGGUUAGCAAAUGCUUCAAGCUAGUGGAUUAUUCAACAGAAGAUAGCACUGCAGUGUCAUUCGAAACCAAACUGUAUAGUUACUAUUGCAAAAUAUGCAACGAACACUGCUUUGUAUGUGACUCUCCACUUAACGAUUUACCAAAUCGCAAAAAUGACAAAUCAAAAGUAAUAACCAUGAACAGGUUUGCCAGAGGAUAUGUUUUAACUGGGGCCACUGUCUAUAUAAGAAAGAAGGGCGGGAUUGAACGGCAAAUUAGGCUAAAGUGCAAAGGCUGCAAUGUAUCCGUUGGAUAUUACUGUAAAGAAAUAAACUGCGGAACUAAUAACGAUAGGAAUACUGGGCAACCUUUUGGUAAUCAACAUGUUUAUGUUUUUUAUGAAGUACUAGUGUGA